GGGGCGCAAAACAGCUAUAAAAACUGGGCUCCAUGGACAACUCGGUCUUUAUUUUUGUUCACCUUCUCUGAGAACAGGAUGCAUCUCCUCCUCCUGGCUGUCCUCCUGGCAGUGGGCACUACUGUCGAAGGUGGAAGGCCCCGAGCAGUAUGGCAGUUCCGAAAUAUGAUCAAGUGCGUCAUUCCCGAAAGUGACCCCCUGAAGGACUACAACAAUUAUGGUUGCUACUGUGGUCUGGGAGGCAGCGGCAACCCUGUGGACGAGCUUGACCAAUGCUGUCAGACACAUGACCGAUGCUAUGCAGCUGCCAAGAAACUGGACAGCUGCAAGUUCCUCCUGGAUAACCCCUACACUAAGAUUUAUUCCUACAGCUGCUCUGACAAUGAGAUCACCUGCGCAAGCAAAAAUAAUGAAUGUAAAGCCUUCAUCUGCGACUGUGACCGCAAUGCUGCCAUCUGCUUUUCUAAGGCCCCAUACAAUCCAGAACAUAAGAACCUGGACACUAAGAAACACUGCUAGACUGCUGGCCCCCAGCCCCCCCAGAAGCAGCCACCUUCCUCUGAGCCAGUAGGUGGUCUCUUUCAUUAAAGCAUCCUUUUGAAAGGUU